AUGACUCUGUUAUGGGUUACAUUGUUUCUUCUUCAUCAAGGAUAUGCUUUGGUUCCAGUGGUCACAGUUCAGCUUGGUGAUCCUGUGACGUUGACCUGUGCUGUUGCAGAUAAAUUUCACAGCGUCACAUGGCUUCACUGGUACAAACAGAGUGCAGGAGAAACUCUGAAGCUCAUCAUGAUUCAACAACAAAACAUCAAACCCACCUUUGAACCAGAAUUUCCUACUUCAAGAUUUAGUGCAACGAGUGAUGAAAAGACAAGCAAACUAACAAUCCUGAGGACACUUCAACAGGAUGAAGGACUAUAUCACUGCGCUCAUAUGGACUGGACUCAAUCUACAUGGAGUGGGAGCUAUUUGUCAAUAAAAGGAAACACUGAGAGGACAUCAAACUACACGGUGGUAUCUGCUCAUCCAGCAGACUCGGAGACGCUGCAGUGUUCGGUUCUCUCGGACUCUGAGGACGAGACGUGUUCAGGAGGUCUCAGUGUGUUCUGGUUCAGAGCCCGGUCAGAAAACUCUUAUCCACAUAUGAUCUACACUGAUGGAUACAGACCUCCUAACUGUGAUAAGACAUCUGACACUCAGAGGAGAUGCAGUUUUAACUUCACCAAGAAGAUGAGCUCCUCUGAUGCUGGGACGUAUUACUGUGCCGUGGCCACAUGUGGACAGAUAUUUAUUGGACAAGGAACCAAACUUGACAGUGACAAACCAUCAAGUCACAAAUAUUGGUUACACGUGAUCACAGUCAUCGGCUUGGUCAUAUCUGUGAUCAUAAAUAUAGUUUUCAUCUGUCACCGUAUUCAAAAAUCUAUAUGUAAACAAUAUGAAGAAAGCUCCAGUUCACAUGCAAGACAAAACAACUUAAGCCAGCCAGAAGACACUGUAACCUCACAUUGUUUGUCCCUUGUCUGUGGAUUCUGCUUUCCACAGUCGUCAUGCUCUGUUCCUCCACGGUGCCCUGUUCAGCUAUUUGAUACUGAAGAAGAACAGGAUCUCAGUUACACUGCUUUGCAUUUCUCUGAAGGGAAAUCACCAAGAGGAACAAAGAAGAGAUCGUUGAAGACGGAAGAAAGUGUUUAUUCACAAGUUAAAAGUUCAGUUUGA